UACUCAGACUUGAAUCAUCAUCUAUUCAGAUUAGGUUUUGGUUUGAGGAGGCGUUUCCUCCCGCUGGAGCAGCAGCAGCAGCAGCAGCAGCUGACCUGGCUCCUCCUCCUGCCCCUCCUCCGGGAUCAGGUCGUUCACCUGAGGCGGGUCAAAGGUCACUGGGACUACUGAGAAGAUGGGACCUCAAAUGAUGCUGCUCCUCAUCCUGUCACAUAUCUGUGUGGGGACAUUUGUAGUGGACGUACCUCAGAAACACUAUAAUGUACGGGAGGACGACAACAUCACGCUGGAGUGGAGAUUCACCCGUGAAUCUGACGGCGCCACUCUCGUCAUCUGCGACGUGUUCGGCAACCGCGGCGAUGUAAAGACCCUCUACUACCUCCACCGAGGCGAGGAGCAGCCGGACUCUCAGGACGAGCAGUUCUCAGGACGGGUGCGGUGUGAUAGAAACUGUCUCAGGGAGGGACGCGUGACUCUCCACCUGUCCAGAGUCACGCUUAACGACUCGGGCACGUACGCGUGCGAGGUCCACGUCGGCCGCCACGCCGACUUUGCCAGAUGCGAAGUCAACGUCAGCGCAGCGACUGAUCGUCCCAAAGCUCAGGCGACGACUCUGAGGCCACGCCCAGACAGUGAGGGGAGGCUCGGCGUCUACAUCACACUGGUAGCUGUUAGCAUAGCCGUUGUAAUUUUAGUAAUUUUAGCUUCAGUGGGAGGAGCUCUGGUGUGGUGUCACUGUGCCUUGUGUCAUAAGGUCAGAAGCUCUAUGAGUGCGUCAGAAUGUGAGAAGUCAGGCUUCCCAGAGAAGAGAGCGCUCUCUGACUCGCUCGUCUGUAAUCCUCUCCCUCUGCUUUCACCGCCGAGCCAAACGCAACCUCUGACCACACACUCGUGUAACAUCAUUUAACAUUUAAAUCGACAUUUAAAUUACUGUUGUGCAGCACUUUGGUAACUUUAUUGUUUUUAAAAUGUGCUAUACAAAUAAAGUGGAUUGGAUUGGAUUAAAUCCACCACGAGGUGGGGCUCUAAAAUGACGUAACGCUGGCGACGUAAGAGUGUCCGGUCGAUGAAUACACGCUCUGCAGCGGAGGUUCUCAAACUGUUUCUGUCGAGAACCACCUGAGAAAAAUACUGAUCAUUAUCCGUGAGCCGCGUGAGCGAGAGUGAGGUGGUCCGUGUACCACAGUUUGAGAACCACUGCUCUGGAGGAUCUGGCCCGUGUUUUGAGGCAUACAGUAACUGUCUACUGUGUAGACGUAUAUUUAUUUUUGAACUAGAACAAUGUUAGUGUGUUCUCCAAGAACAAGUGCACAUACAGUAGUAUUAUAAGAAAACUUGGCCCUCGUUUACGACUUCCAGCGUGUAAAAUUAUGUAUAAAAUAUUCAAAAAAGGUCAUAUAUUUCACCAAAAUCAGAAUCUACUUAAGUUUCUUCACUGUAAUAAUUAUCAAGAAGACCCGGGAUUAUUUACGGAAGAGGAUUAGGGACACACGUAAAAAAAUAAAAGCAAUAUCACAGCAAAGAAACAUUACGUGUCAUUUAGUAGACACUUUUAUCCAAAGCAACUUACAAUGGAAUCAAGUACAAUUAGCCAGGGGUGGAAUCGAACUUGCGACCAUGAUGCCUUUUGUACACAAGGUAGGGUCUUAACCACUGAGCCACUCCACCCCUAAUGAAGAAACCAAAUGAAGAUCAUGUAUAUAUACUGUAUACACGUAUAUGUAUCAGUUAUCACCAAAAACUCCGAUAUAUCGUGCAUCCCUGACUCACGCGUGUCAUAAAAACUUC